CUACCAAAAAGACAAAAACAAUAGCGGCUUAGUAAAAUUUGCAUUUUUUUUAUUCAACCUCCACUAUUUAACUUUAGCUGCCUAUCCUUGCAUCAAUCUAGGAUUGACAAUUGGCCAGGUCCGAGCCGGGUAUCUCGAUACCAUACUCGUUCCGUGGCAGGUCGAGUCCAGGUCGGUAAUUUAUGAUGAGGAGCGGGUCGGGGUAGGUCGACCCAAUGGGUAUGUAAUUUAUGUGAAAAACUUAAUAAGUAUUCAUUAUUUUCAUUAAAAGACCAAGAAACAAACCAUAAUAUGAUAAAAUAUGGUUAUGUGAAAUUUACAGUGUAGAGAGAGAGUGCGACUGCUCGGUGACUGAGGGUUCACGACUUCCUCGCCGCCGGCUCCAGCAUCUGCGCCGGAGCAGCUCCUUUCCCCCUCUUAUUCUGUUCUCUUAUGAGUGAAUUGAGUGCUGCGAUACCCAUUUCGGCUUCAGAGACACUGAGCGGCGAUUCUCAGGGGAUCCCUUCGAAACCCUGGGCGUCGCUGUUUGGGAUCUCUGAGGCCAAUCGCCUUACAUAUAUCCCACUCGAGGUUAUCAAUGGCGGUUUGAGGAUGCCCAAGGCUGUUCGUGAAGCAGGAGCAGCUCGCUGGAAGCAUUGCCUAGUUGAUCAGUUUUUACAAGAUCCGCCUUCACUGUAUGUGCUGCGUCGCUGGGUCAAUAAGCUGUGGGGGCGAGAUGGACUGGUUAGGGUUUCGCUACUCUAUGACAAGAUGCUACUCAUUCAACUGCCCAACCAGAAGGUUUGUGAUUGGAUUCUUGAGAAUGGCCCAUGGUUCUGGUUCAACAAUCUGCUGUAUCUUCGGCCUUGGGUUCCAGGUAUUAGUUAUGAGGAUUUGGGGAGGAAGGCUCUGCCGAUCUGGGUGAAUUUGAUGAAUGUUCCACUAGAGUAUAAUGAUUUUCAGGGGUUGAGUAGGAUAGCGAGUUGGAUUGGGGUUCCACUGGGUAUGGAUCAUACAACCCGAAUGGGGGACAGGCAUGGCUUUGCCAAAGUCCUGGUAGAGCUCACAGUUGAUAGUGAAUGCCUGGAUCAUGUGCUGUUAUGGCCUGAUGAUGACUCCUCCAUACGCAUUGGAAUCACCUACUGCAACUUGCCCCCUAUUUGCCAUGUCUGUCAUCUUUUUGGCAUUACUGGCUCAUGUGCUGAUCAUCAGGGUAAGCAGUGGGUGGCAAAGUCAGUGCAAAAUGAGGGGACUACAGUUCAGGGGCUGAAUAAACAAAACCAGUUAGUGAAAAAGGAAGGAAGUAUGACUGAGAGUGUGACUAUGGAUCAACAGAAAGUCCUGGAUAAGGGUGAGGAGGUGGUUGUAUAUGAUAAUGAUCCUCAACUGAUGGCUAUAUUUUCUACUCCAAGUCUGGUGGGGGGAAGCAAAGUGGUCCCUCAGAAUUUAGAGAAAUCCUUUCAGGAAGUGGCUACUUCGGCAUCACAAAAUUUACCCUCUGAAGCAGAGUUUCAAAGAGUAGUCAAUGGGGCAAAACCUCGCAUCUGGCUCUCUCAGGAUAGCUCUAAAGGUAUUCAAAUUUCAAAUUCAUCCUUCAGUGUCAUAGGGAAAUUGAGUGAUCAGGAGGUGGGUAAGGGGGAGAUUCAGGAAGCACCAAAGAAAAAAGAAGUAAAGAAAGAUUUGAAGAAGGGUGGGGGGAAGCCCCCUACUUCGAAAUGAUCGUUUUGUUUUGGAAUGUAAGGGGGUUUAAUAAAAACCUCCAAGCAGAGGGACUUGAUGCAAGUCCUACGUAGGAGUAAAGUAGAUGUAGUAGCAGUCCUUGAGACUACGGUGUAGGCAAAUAAAGCAGAGGAAGCAGUAGAUGAGGUUUUUAUGGGGUGGCAGAAGUGUCUCAACUGUUAUGAUUCAAAUUUGGGAAGAGUUUGGUUGUUUUGGGAUCCAGCUAUUAAGGUACAGAUAGUAAAGCAAAGAAAGCAUUUUAUUCAUUGCUUGAUAGAAGAUAUAAAUAAGGAUUCCUUUUUCUUUACAACAGUAUAUGCUUCUAAUGAUGAAAAUGAAAGUGUACAAACUUAUAAGGAGAUUACUCAGUUGAAAGUGGUAGGUUAUCCCUGGAUAAUUGGGGGAGAUUUUAACACUGUAAGAUCCCCUCAGGAGACUUCUAAUUAGAGAUCAAUUACUUCAAGUAUGGAGGAGUUUAAUAAGUGGAUUGAUGAGAUGGAAUUGGUGGACUAUAGAACAACAGGGCCACAAUUUACUUGGACAAAUAGGCAAUCUCAACACCCUAUUGCUCGACGUCUUGACAGAGGCUUAGUUAACAUAGAGUGGAUUGAGCAGUUCAAAAAUUGCACUAUGGAAGCUAUACCUGCUCCAUUUUCUGAUCAUUGUGGGAUCCUGGUUUCUACAGUAGCUCCUAUAAAAUCUCUACCCAAGCCCUUCAAGUACUUCGAAUUUUGGGCAGAGCACCCUCUCUUUUUGGGGAUAGUUGAAGAAGCAUGGAAUGGUGAAGUCUCUGGGUCCCCUUUACAGGUUAUUCAAGUUAAAAUGGGUCGAGUUAAGCAAGCUUUAAAGAAAAUCAAUAAGGAAGUGUAUGGUAACUUGCAGGACCAGGUUAAGGAGGCUGAGGGGGAACUAUUGCGUGCCCAAACAACAGCAUAUCAAGACCCUACCUCAGAUAAUUUUGAAGCUGUUUCUCUUAAGAAGGAUCACUAUAAUCACAUAAUCUCAGCAUAUGAAAGCUUUUGUUGGCAAAAAUCGAGAGUUUCUUGGUUGAAAGUUGGAGAUCAGAGCUCCAAUUUCUUCCAUCAAGCUGUCAAGAUUCACAACUCUAAACGUGCUAUCAGGAAGUUGGUUACAGACUCUGGGGUGGAAUUGUAUCAGGCUGAGCAGCUUGUUGAGGAGGUUCUGGGAUAUUACAAAAAACUCUUGGGGGAAGUUAAUAUGGAGAUUAAUCCAAGUAGAGAGGAAGUUGACCAGCUGGUUCGACAAAGAUUACCUGAUCAUGAAUGUGCUAAUCUGGUUAAGGAAAUCACAGCAGAGGAGAUUAGAAGUGUGGUAUUCAGCUUGAAUCCUCAAAAAGCGCCAGGGCCAGAUGGGUUUUCAGCAUGAUUUUAUAGGAAGACGUGGCCAAUUAUUGGGGAGGAUAUCAUUAAUGGGAUUCUCUACUUCUUCAAAACAGGUAAUCUCCCUAGUGGAGUGAAUGCUACUGCUGUGUCCCUUAUCCCUAAAAUAUCAAAUGCUGAUACCUUAAAGAAUUAUCGGCCUAUUUCAUGUGUGAACUUGCUCUAUAAAAUAAUAGCCAAGAUACUUGCCAGGCGCAUUAGUGAUAUUAUGCCAUUGGUUAUUAGUAGUACACAAUCAGCAUUUGUUAAGGGUAGGAGCAUUAUGGACAACAUUCUGUUGGCUCAGGAGCUUGUGAAUGGAUAUAAUAGAAGUCACCUGUCUUCUAGAUGUGCAAUCAAAAUUGACAUCAUGAAGGCAUUUGACUCAGUUAACUGGCAUUAUCUUUUUCUUAUGAUGCAAUCGAUGGGGUUCCCUGAACAAUUAUGAAGUGGAUCAGGGCUUGUUUACAAACUGCCCAUUAUAGCUUCAACAUAAAUGGCAGCAUUUGUG